UGCGCGCCUGCCCCCCCCUCCUGCUUUCGUUCGUUCCCUCAGACCGGGCGGCCUGGCUUGACGGGUGGCAGCGCCAGAGAUGAUGCCGAUGAUAUUAACUGUGUUCCUCAGCAACAAUGAACAGAUUUUGACUGAAGUGCCAAUUACACCUGAAACAACCUGUCGAGAUGUGGUGGAAUUUUGCAAAGAACCUGGAGAAGGUAGUUGCCAUCUUUCUGAAGUGUGGCGUGGAAAUGAACGGCAUAUUCCCUUUGAUCAUAUGAUGUAUGACCAUCUACAGAAGUGGGGACCUCGUAGGGAGGAGGUGAAAUUUUUUCUUCGGCAUGAAGAAUCUCCAAUAGAAAGUAGUGAACAGGGCCGUCAGACUCAGAAUCAGAGGAAUGGAAUCAAUAUACCUGUGGAGAAACGUACUGAAAAUGGGGUUGGGAAUCCACGUGUUGAACUCACACUUUCAGAACUUCAGGAUAUGGCUGCCAGGCAACAGCAGCAAAUUGAAAAUCAGCAGCAAAUGUUGGUUGCCAAGGAACAACGUUUACGUUAUCUCAAGCAGCAAGAACGCCGUCAGCAGCAGUCUGUGUCUGAGAGUGAAAAGCUUCAGAAACUUAAAGAGCGAGUGGAGACCCAGGAGACAAAGCUGAAAAAAAUCCGAGCCAUGAGAGGGCAGGUGGAUUACAGCAAGAUUAUGAACGGCAACUUGUCCACUGAAAUUGAACAUAUCAGUACCAUGUUCCAGGAAAAGCAGCAAGAGUUACAAGCUGCAGUGUUAAAAGUGGACCAGCUUACUCAGCAGCUAGAGGACCUGAGAAAAGGGAAAUUGAAUGGGUUCCAGUCUUAUAACGGGCAGAUGACAGGGCCAGCAGCUAUAGAAUUAAAAAAAUUGUACCAAGAGCUACAGAUCCGUAACAGGCUUAACCAGGAGCAGAACAGCAAGCUUCAGCAGCAGAAAGAACUUUUGAACAAACGUAACAUGGAGGUGGCCAUGAUGGACAAGCGCAUCAAUGAGCUACGCGAACGCCUAUACAAGAAAAAAGUUGAGGCACGUCAAAAAGAAAACAUCCCUUUAAAUCGCAUAAAUGGAACAUCCUCACCGCAGUCAUCAUUGAAUGCUUCAGGCAGAGUUGCAGCAGUGGGGCCAUACAUCCAAGUUCCAAGUUCUAGCAGUUAUGCAGUGCCGGUCGACCCAGUGAAACCACAGUCCCUCACCAUUACUACUAGCACAACUCAUGGAAGAUCCAAAUCUGAUACAGACUAUGGGUGUGUGAAAAAAUCUUCAGGUCCCUGGAAAAUUUCUGAUUUAGACAUUAUAGUGGAUCCUAUUCUGUCACCUCCCUCUCUUCAAACUGCUGUUCACAAUAUCAUCCAUUCAGCAUCUACUCUUUCUGAGAUCCUGCACUAUGAUGGUAGGAGAAGGUCAUGGACAGUGUCAGACCUUGAUAUCGGGCGUGGACGCGGCUCUUCAUGGCAUUCGGGAAACAAAAAACAGCAGUUUCUGAGCUCUAAUGAUGGAACCUGGCCAGCGCUUAAACAGAGCUCUGCUCCUGUGGUGAAGCCACCACAAAUCUCUAGUGCAGACUGGAAGGAUUCAAACAUGGAUGCUGCUUUAAAGCCAGGAACUAUAUCCAGUCAGCCUUUGUCGUCUUCAGUGUUAGGAAGCACUGAUAAGCUGGGUCUUGAUAUGGGGAAAGUACCGCCAACCAUCUCUGGUGUAAGCAAGCAGUUGCCUCAAAACUAUGGGACCUAUCCCAGCUCCGUUCCAUUAGGAACAGGCUCUACCAAUUCCCUGGAACGCCGAAAGGAUGGCAGCCUACCAAGACCGGGCUCCACAGCAGCAAACCGACAAAGACCUGUUCCGUUGCCCCCCGCAAGCAGCGUCCAUCAGCCUAGCUCCUCACAGCAAAUACAGCAAAGAAUAUCUGUGCCUCCAAGUCCCACAUAUCAACCUUCUGGUGCUCCAUUAUUCCCGGGUGGAGACGGCCGGCCUGACCUCCCCUUAACCGUGGCCAUCAGGCCUUUCUUAGCUGAUAAAGGCUCAAGGCCACAGUCACCUAGGAAAGGACCUCAGACAGUGAACUCCAGUUCCAUCUAUUCAAUGUACCUUCAGCAAGCGACCCCACCAAAGAACUACCAGCAGGCUGUGUACAAUACCCUAAAUAAGUCCGUUAAAGCAGUUUACGGGAAGCCUGUUGUACAGUCGGGUUCGACUUCUCCUUCGCCCUUACCCUUCCUUCAUGGAUCUUUGCCUGCCAAUCCAUCACAGCCACAUCCUCCAAAUGACUACAGCGAGAAAGAUCAAGAGCUGGAAAACAUCACGCCCUCUGGGGAUAACAGCAAUGUGGAAAACAUUCCUCGCCCACUCAGCCCCACCAAGCUCACGCCCAUCGUCCAUUCGCCCCUUCGCUACCAAAGUGAUGCCGACCUAGAGGCUCUUCGCAGGAAACUCGCCAAUGCUCCCCGGCCCCUGAAGAAGCGGAGUUCUAUCACUGAACCGGAAGGCCCCAGCGGACCGAACAUUCAGAAGCUCUUGUACCAGCGCUUCAAUACACUGGCAGGAGGAAUAGAAGGUGCCCCUUUCUAUCAGCCAAGCAACUCGCAAGACUUUAUAGGCUCCUUGGCAGAUGUUGACAAUGGGAACACAAACACCAAUGGCAAUAUUGAGGAACCCAUUCCUGUGCCCCCCACGGCUCCUCUUCCUGACGAGCCUUCAUCAGAUGCCAAUGAUAAUGAACUACCUUCUCCUGCAACUGAGGAGUUGAUCAGUGUAGAAACCACAAAUCAAACACCUGAGGCGACUGAGGAUGACAACAACAACAAUAACCCUGCUGUAGUCCCUUCUGUUGAGCGGCCGCCUAGUCCAACACCAGAAGGCAAUUCGCUAGAAGAAGAAGAAGAAGAAGAAGAUGAAGUGCAGCUGCCACCUGCCCUUCCUCCUCCUCCUCCACUUCCUGCAACUAAAAGGACCAACCUGAAGAAACCCAACUCAGAGAGAACUGGUCAUAGCUUGAGGGUCAAGUUUAAUCCGUUGGCCCUGCUGUUGGAUGCAUCACUGGAAGGAGAGUUUGACCUGGUGCAAAGGAUCAUAUACGAGGUGGAUGAUCCUAGCAAACCUAAUGAUGAAGGAAUCACCCCUCUGCACAAUGCAGUGUGUGCUGGCCAUCACCAUAUAGUUAAGUUUCUGUUGGAUUUUGGUGUCAAUGUGAAUGCAGCAGACAGUGAUGGAUGGACUCCUUUGCACUGUGCUGCCUCUUGCAAUAGUGUCCACCUCUGUAAGCUACUUGUUGAAUCUGGGGCAGCCAUUUUUGCUUCAACUAUAAGUGACAUAGAAACUGCUGCAGAUAAGUGUGAGGAAAUGGAAGAGGGUUACAUUCAGUGUUCCCAGUUCCUUUAUGGUGUACAGGAGAAGCUGGGAGUCAUGAACAAAGGCAUAGUAUAUGCAUUGUGGGAUUACGAAGCCCAGAACAAUGACGAGUUGUCAUUCCAUGAAGGCGAUGCAAUUACCAUUCUGAGGCGCAAAGAUGAUAACGAGACGGACUGGUGGUGGGCUCGUCUCAGCGAUAAGGAAGGCUAUGUGCCUAAAAAUCUCUUGGGGUUAUACCCAAGGAUAAAACCUAGGCAACGAACUCUUGCCUGAAUCCCAUCAUUUGGCAAUACAAUAUCUUGCUGGCAACUGGAAGAUGAAAGUAUACACUGGAGACAUUUUCAAUUGCAUUUCACCAGAAGUAAAGCUAUACUUGUUUUAAAUGGUGCUCUUGUUUAAUAUGAUGGACAGCAUUUGAGGUUUUCAGUCUGCAAUUUGUAAGUGAGGUCUGCUCCAUGUUAACCUGCCCAGUCAAUGGGAGAGGUACUCAAACAUAGUCUACAGUAUUUUUUGCCAACCGAAUAUUAAAAAAAAGUUAUGCUAGCUGUUAAAAGCUUUGCAAAAUGCAGAUAUGCUGUCUGAUCGGUUCUAUUCCACAGUAACUAUCCUGGCAUGUCAAGACCUUUAUGAUUAAACUUGUCAAUGAAGUGUUGAGUUUACUGUGUAAAUCCUUAAAGAUCUUGGUAACAGUUGACAUCUGGGAGUUACCAACAGUCUUCUGAUAUAAAAGGUGUUACUGAUGCAACAGAGAAGCACCAGUGCUUAAUGGAUUGCUGCAUACUUCUCAAACCUGCACUUGUUCCUUCACUUGACGUUUUUUCUUGAUAUUCUGCUUAAAGCACCAGUUUAGCUUCCGCACAUUCCAUUACACUUUCUUGAACACGCACCCUGAAUUCCAUCUUCUGGACAAACCUGCAUUCAGAUUUAAGGGAUUUGUAUGUCUAUAUGGAAGAAAAGUGCAAUAGUUGAGAAAGGUUAAGAGUCAGGUUAUAAAGAGUUAGUGGGGGGUCACUUUAAGGACCUUUAAAUUUUAUCUGUGAAAGGAGGAGGUGACUGAAGGACUGAAUAAAAAGGCCAAGCUGGUUGUGUAGAGUGAAGAGGGGGAGAAAGAAGAGACUUAUGGCAAAGAUGAUUUGUUGUUUGGGCUGGGGCAGUGUCUGUGGUUCUAGGCAGCCCUGCAUCUUGUGCCAGGGGAGUUAUGCAAUAACUUGUUCCACUAUCUAGUUUCAUGCAAAAAACAAAACAAAACAGCACUUCACUGGAAUAUUAAUUGUACAUGAUUUUAUAUACAGAAGUCUAUUUUGAACUUCCAUUAUGUUGUAGCCAUACAUGUUUUAUAAUUUCCUCCCAGUAAACUGUAGGCCAGUUGGCUUUAUUCAUGUACACGUUGUGCAUAAUUUAUAUCCAUUGAUGCAGUGCUGUAACUUGCUUUUACCACUGUUUAGCAUUACUUGUAUAUAUUGUGGUGAUGAGAAGUGAAAGGGUAUUGUAAAAGAAUAUUUGCUAAAUGAAUGUGAGUUAAAAGCCUACAAUACACUGCUAACCCAGUGUGCACAAUAAACUACUGCUAAGGUA